AUGCAUUCAGCUCAUGCUAGUUCCCGGAGGUCUGCCCGUCCCAAAGAUUGCAUUUGCAAGUGCCGUUCGCACUGUACCAUCUACAAUUUAUCAACAGGAGUUUACGAAGGGGGGGGUAACUGGUUGAGUCGCAGUACUCGUGAUCAACAUAGUCGAGAUGAUCGGAGGCUAGAGAGAGCUGGUCUCACCACUGGUGUUGACGCUCAACAUGUUUCUACCCCUGGCCAACAGAUUUCAAAUGGGAUUCAGCUAAUCAGAGAGGAGUUGGAUCUUCGUUGCCAGCUCCCCGUCUCUAGCCCUCUGACUCCAUUCACUUUCGCCAAUGAUCCCCUCACUCACGGAGACUAUAUCUUUCCAGCUGAAGCAGAUAUAUUACGACCCAACUCAGGUGUACAUGCACUUAGGCCUGAUUGCUAUGCCAACGGCGCUUUCCUCGAGACGGAACUUCGCUUUUGUGAGCUUCUCGCCAGGCUAACCAACAUGGAAUCCACAGAGGAGACAGAUAUGCUCACUGAUCAUCUACGUGAUGAACUGUGGCGAAUGCAUCGAGAGAAAGAGCUUCAAUGGGUUCAACAGCGGUCGCCCCUUGUGAAUGACAAAGUUGUCAUCAACACAGAGAUCCAUUUUUAUGAAUACGGCCCAAAGAAUCCUGUAUUGAAGGCAGCAUCGCUCGUAUCUCUCGCACUACAAUAUAUCUAUUUCACACCUCGGAGAGCUGUACGAGUUUAUCUGGGGGGGUUGAAAGAUAUUCUCAGAUCCACGGGAACCCAUCCCUCGUUAAUUCGGGAAAUUCUUAAAGAUCCUCAUACAGCUUCUUCCCAAUUUCGUUUGGAAGGCGUUACCCAUCAGUACAUCGCUUGCUCUUCAUGUCAUUCACUGUAUCCUCUCAAACCGGGUGACAGUCCUGUUAACAUCAGUCAACUUGCUCUUCCCCGUUGCCCUUUCAAAAAGACGCCGUCCAGCUCGCUUUGCAAUACACCUUUGUGGACGCAACACAAAGUUGGACCGGAUCAAAUACGUUUCAAGCCUUGCAAAAGAUAUCUUCACCAAGAUUUGAAGGCGUGGCUUGGUCGUCUUCUAUCACGGAAAGGAAUUGAGGAGAUUUUAGAUCGACCACUGCGUACUCCUCCCGCAGAUCUGGAUUCACCUAUCGAUGACAUUUGGCUCUCACCUGUCUUUCGUGAUUUGAAAGAUUCUUCAGGUCAACCCUUUCUUUCUGGUCCUGUGGGUGAGGGACGUCUAGUGUUCAGCUUCGCUAUGGACAGUUUCGAUCCAUUUGGUAUGAAGACUGCUAAGCAAAGUGCCUCAUCCACCGGAAUGUGGCUUGUCUGUUUGAACUUUCCAGAAGAGACGCGCUACCUUCAAGAGAACUUGUUCUUUGCCGGUGUAAUUCAGGGACCAGAUAAACCUUCAAAUGAACAAACAAAUCAUUACAUACAACUGAUUGUUAAUGAUUUGCUUGACUUUUGGGAUCCUGGAGUAUUCUUCUCCCGAACAUAUCGAUACCGGCUUGGACGACUCUUCAAAGCAAUGCUUGUGCCUGUCGUGGCAGACAUGUUGGCUCUUCGGCAAAUCAUUGGAAGCGCAGGUUCUACAACAGCCCACUACUUCUGCACGUUUUGUGAUCUCGAUUAUGAUGACAUAGAGGUUUUUGAUCGGAGCGAGUGGCCUGCAAAAGACGCAGAUCACAUACGCCAUUUUGCAAGACUGUGGAAGGACGCGGCUAGCGAGCGCCAUCAAGAAGAUAUAUUCAAAGCAUGUGGCGUGCGAUGGUCCGCUCUUUUCGAUCUUCCUUAUUGGCGGCCAAUAAUAUACUCCAUCAUCGAGUCCAUGCAUGUUUUGGACUUGAAUAUCUCCCAGCAGCAUAUCCGCAAUAAUUUUCAAGUCAAUCUCGCUGCCAAGGGUGGGGAUGGCACUACAAUCACAGCUCUUCCUGUAAAACGGAAACGCGUCAGUUCAAAAGUAGACCAAGCCUCCCUCUCUGCUUGCAUAGAGGCUGUGAAAAAGAAUGAUCCAGACCUCCUUUACCAGCUUCUCAGAUUCAACCGCAAAGUCUUGUUUACUUUCUGCGACGACAACAAAAUCAAAGGAGAGAAUCACAAUCUGUUGGUUGGAACACGAUGGGUCCUGGCAAACAAUAUUGAGCUUUGGAAUAGUGAAAAUCCCGGUGUACGGGCAUUCUUGUUUGAUCGGACUUCCGAAGAUGUAGACAUGACAAUCUACUCAGAUGAUGAAGACGAUUCAUCAUCUGAGGGUGGGGAUGCUAGUCUCGAUACACAGCCUAUGGGUGAAACUGCCGGUCACGCUGCUUCUGCGGAUGUUGACGCGAAAUUGGCACGCAUCAUCCAGCACAUUAUAGACAAGACGGAUGCACAAGAAUCAAGGCGAAAGGCGUACCAGCAAGGCAAUACCUCAAUAUUCAUCAAUCUCUGUGAUAUCAUAGGUGUCGACUACAGCCAUAUCGAUCUAAGUAAAAGAGCAGCAAAAUCUACUGUAUGGGACAUUCUCAUCAAUGCUGUCAACGGAGACCCAAGGAACAUCACAAAUCUCCAGUCAUUCAUUCCUGAGAAGAGUUCUGGUGAACGAGCUUUGCUUGGUAAAGAUGUCAUGGAAGCUAUCUGGGAAGAUAUGUCAUUUACUCAACUACCCUCUUGGAUUGGUUCUGUUCCUCGCAACUGGGGAACGACCAAAAGGGGUAAGCUUAGUGCAGACAACUGGAGGGUCAUUACUACCAUCCACCUCCCAAUUACCCUCAUCCGGCUCUGGGGUCAAGACAAUGGACGUAAAAAGGAACUGCUCGACAACUUUAUGGACCUUGUUUGUGCGGUGCGAAUUGCAAAUAUGCGCGUCUCUUCAAAAGAUCAAAUCAAAGCAUACAACCAUCAUAUAGCUCGCUACACGAGUGGUUUACCCAGAUUGUAUCCGGAUCAGAAAAUCAAACCAGUCCAUCACGCAGCUCUUCAUCUUGGAGACUUAUUAGAACUGUUCGGACCCGUUCAUUCACGAAGUGCUCCAUUUUAUGAGCGAUACAUCAACUUUUUACACCGAGUGAACACCAACCAAAAAAUAGGCGAUUUGGAGGAAACAUUCUUGAAGACGUCUAUCCGUACAUCCAAUCUUUGCGCCAUUCUCGCUGAUGAUGAGAAAGUGCGCCAACUCGUUAAUGAAAUGAUAUCGAGCCUAGAUGCCAUCGCCAAAGAAGACGUUCGAGGGUCUCGGCUUGCGGCUAUGUUGGACCCUACUCUGUCAGGGCACACGACUGAUGCAGAUUCGAUACCUUUCACGCUGGGCGAAUCAGCUUACCAACUUCUUUGUGAAAUCAUUCUUAGGCAUCGCAACGGCGACUUGGUCAAACCUACUCACCAAGCGAUAUACCUCAAACAAGUUUCUAUUCAUGGGGUCUCCUACGCCACCUGCUCAUCCCGUGCUUUUCGAAAUAGCACCGUAAUGUUUCGAUUGCAUGUUGUCUCACCGUACACACCAGAACUCCAUAAAGCAGGGGUGAUUGAUGCAAUAUUCAAACAUUCACAUGGUGGAGUUGAAAGCUUCUAUCUGAUUGUGCGAGAAUAUCUCCCCUUGGAUCCUACCAGUGGAUGCGUGGAUCCUUUCCGGCAGUAUGGGUUUGCAGGAGGUUAUCUUUGUAAUCGACAGCCGACAAGUCUGCAUGUCCUCGAGCUCAACCAGGUGAUUUCGCACUUCGCCCUAACAAAGAUGCGACAGGAGGGAUAUCAACAUCUCAUCCAUGUUCUGCCAGUAGAUCGUUGCAUGUUAGCAUUUUCUGUUGAAAACACAUCAAUGUAG